CUCACUUUGUUUCUUCAGUCCUGCUGCUGCUUCUGCCGAACUUCUAAUCGCCAGUCGUUCGACGUUCGCUGUGACUUACUCCUCGUAUUUUCUCUGUUCAUCGAUCGUUCAUCGCCAUGUUCGAAGCGUUCUUCGACAGGAUCAUCCUCAUCAUCGGGCUCCUGUUUUUAAUCAAUACAGUUCACUCCUACAACAUAGAUACGAGGGACCCGGUUGUCUACGAGGACCUUGAGCCUGGGGGAGAAAACUUUUUCGGUUACACCGUCACUCUGAAAUCUGGGCGAAACAUCGACCGAAAUUCCGACCCCGCUAUUUUCAUCGGCGCUCCCAAACUAUCCGGUGGAGUGGGCGGCGUUUAUCGAUGCCGAGUUUCUGGCGACCGGGGGAAUGCCUCUUCCUGUCAAACGCUGGGUAUAGACCCGAAAUCCGCACCGGAAAUGGUCCAGGUACCGGGAAAGAAGAUCGCGAUAAAGUCGAAGGGCUACGGCGGGUGGUUGGGGGCCGCUAUGGCCACGCAGGACUACGCGGACUUGACGGUCUGCGGCCCUCGCUCGACGGUCUCCUUCGUUGACCAGCUUUACGGAGGCGUUGUUUUCAUGGACGAUAUGCGGGGCGUUUGUUACGAUCUCCCGCAAGCUUCGGGUAACACUUUGUACAGGGACAGUCAGAUCCUCGUGUCUUACACUUUUCCGAUCAAGUCAGAAAUCAACGCUCUUUACGGCUUCUCGAUAAGUUACGCCGAAAGAAGGAGUCCCAACAACGUGGCGCGAAUAAUCGGCGAGCCAAGGAUAAACCAGGUUGAGAUCCUUCACUCGAACAAAACGGUGACCAGGUCCCACGACGUCAACGAACUAUCGAAUCUUGGAUACGCCGUGUCCACAGGAUACUAUUUCGACCGAAACCAAGUAAUGUUCGCGGCCGGAGCGCCGGCCUGGCUUUGCAAGGGAAUGGUAGCGGUAUUCGAGGCGAAUUCGCCAAGGGAGAAGAGAAUCGAAGGAUCGAAUCUGGGUGAAUAUUUCGGGGCGAGUUUGACCUCCGGUGAUUUCAACGGCGACGGUUACGACGACCUAGCCGUUGGUGCACCUCACUGGGGCGAAGUCGACUACGGUCGGGUCUACACGUUUUACUCCCACGACGACGGUACGUUCAAGGAGGGCCUCGUACUCCAGGGAAAACAUCGCUCCGGACUCUUCGGCUACACUUUGGCAUCGGCCGAUCUGGACAACGACGGAAAUUCGGAUCUGGUCGUCGGGGCCCCUUGGGAGCAGGAGUCCGGCGCCGUUCACGUGUUCUACGGAAAUACCAGAUUCGGAACCAAAGACCGCUUGGCCCCCGUCAGCCAGACGAUUUUACCCUCGGAUUUCGCCGCACCCCUGGCGACGGCCCAGCGGUUCGGAUUCGCCCUCGCCAGUCCCGUGGACGUCGACGGCAACGGGUACCCCGACUUGGCGGUCGGCGCCUUCAAGUCCGGCCAGGCUUUUUUGCUCAGGAGUAAAUCGGUCGUAUCGACGCAAGUCAGCUUGCACUCGACUCCCGCGACACUUCAGAAAUCGACGCUCAGUUUCGUUCUUCACGUUUGCAUCAAUUACUACGGGCGAAGCGCACCGAUGAGCCAAGGCUUGCGGCUCGAGAUGACCGUCGACGAGGAGCACAGGAGGGUCACCGGCGGGACGACGGAGGUCCUCGAGGCCCUUUUCAGACGCAACGAAGACGUCUGCGCGAACACCACAUUUUUCCUCACGCACGGAAACACGAACUUCGUCGAUCCAAUCGUGAUCCGCGUGAAACACAGCAUUCCCGAAGACGACAAGUCCUGCUCCUCGUGUCCCGUUCUUCGGAAGCCGAGUGGUCAGGAAAACGCUCAAUUGACCGUGCCUUUCAAUACGGGCUGCAAAGACGGCAGCGUGUGCAACGCAAGUUUGUCAGUGACGGCAAAUUUCGCCGGCGUAAGGGAGAACGACGAGUGGGUGGUCGGUUCGGGUGACAUAAAUUUCAGUCUCCGCGUAACCAACGAAGGAGAACCGGCCUACCUUACCCAAUUGACGAUCGAAAUACCCGCGGGAAUCGGUCUGAAAAACGCCAUACCGUCGUGCAUCGAGGUGCUCGAAGGAAGCUCGCUGACUCUCAUCUGCGACAUAGACAACCCCCUGGAAAAAGGAGACACUAAGGAUCUCACCGUCGGACUCGACAUGUCGCACCUGACCAAAUCCGUAGGCGGACGCGUUCUCACCUUCGUCGUGAGCAGGAGCACCAGAAGCCGCGACAACGUAUGGAACAAUCCCGUCUACAAGUAUCUGACCCUGAAGAACGAAGCCUCCGUCAGGAUCUCGGGGGUAUCCAACGAGGAGAGUCGGGACUACGCUAAGACGGAGGACAAAUCGGCGGUGCCCCUCAGACACGCCUAUCAAAUACUCAAGUUCGGAGCCACUCCUGUCACGGAAGCAUUCCUGUUCGUCGACGUGCCCGUUGGAAUACUGGGGAGAAACGACACCUUCCUGAACAUCAGCGCUCCGAAACUGGAGAGUUCCGGGCAGACUUACGAGUGCCUCGCGAACGGUGGAAGAAUCGACUGGAGAUCGGUGUCGGCGGCAGCGUCCGCGGAGGCGGCGUACGCCUUGCUUCAGAAGAGGCGUCGCAGAGCGGUGGAGGAGGAGGAGGAGGAGGAGGUCGGAGGUACUGCGAGUCCGGGGGUCGGUUUUCCAACGGACGCGGUUUUCGCAGAGGGUAAUCGCGUCGCCGAGAGUAACGCAGAGGCCACGGAGUCGGCAGCCGCUGCUCGCGGCACGGGGAAGACCGUCUACCUCAAUUGUUCGUCGGACGAAGUUACGUGCGCUUCGAUAAAGUGCAGAUUCGGUCUACUGCAAACAACGGAGGACAUGGGGAAUCUGGUUCUCGACAUGGUUUUCAACGCGAAAACGUUUUACGAGUCUGACGACGAUCCUCUCACCGUCAAAUUCAACACGAACGCGACCGUCGUUAUCAUCCAACCUCUCGCACCAGAGCCGGUCAAUUACUCCCGAAUUGCUUCGGCGGGGGCGUCUACUAUGCUCUACAAUAUACCCCAGCCUCAAAAGUUGGCCGGAUGGAUACUGCCGGGUUCGAUAAUCUGCGGGGUUUUCUUGUUCCUAAUUUUGGCCGUUAUCUUGUACGCGGUCGGUUUCUUCAAAAGGCCGAAAAAGGUAGAAACCGAGAAGGCCAAAGAAAUGGAAAUGAUAUUGAAAAAAGACAACGCUGAUGAUCCUUUCGGUUAAUAAAAAAAAAAAAAAAAAAAACCCUACGUAACAAACCUAACUAUAUUGUGAUAAGUCGGUCGAAGAGACGUCGUGAUGACUCUUGUGAUUGAAUAUGAAAAGAAUCAUUGAAAUAAAUGAACAACGUGUAACGCAUAAGUUAAAAUAUAUCUUCUCGUUCUUGAUCA